CGAACAUCAAUCCUUUCGGAGACAACACGUCCAUCUCUUCCUUUCUUCUUUGUCGUUCUUUUGCUUAUAAUAACGGUUGUUCCUGCAUCGCGUUGCCGGUAGAGCUUUUUAUUCCCUCAUUCUGUUCUUGUCGAUUUUCAAACGUCCAUCACGAUCACAUAGACAAUCAGCAGAAAUUCUCACAUCUUGAAGUCGGCAAGACUCUACAAAACCAUCACAAUGAGUUACGGCACCUGCGAAAAGGUUUCGCUAGAAUGCCCCGUCGAGGCGACCACCUACGGCUACUACCCCAAUCUCGGCGGCAACAUUUUCUUCGCGGUCUUCUACGGCAUCCUGGGCGUUUUCCAGCUGGGAUUCGGCAUCUACUUCCGCGCCUGGACGCUGACGAUCGCCAUGGUCAUCGGCACUUUCAUGGAGCUGGCAGGGUAUAUCGGUCGCAUACAAAUGCAUUACAACCCGUGGAAUGAGGACGCAUUCAAGCUGCAGAUCGUCUGCCUCGUGCUAGCGCCCACCUUCGUCGCCGCGGGCAUCUAUCUCACCCUCAAGCACAUCGUCCUGUCGCUGGGGCCGCAGUACUCGCGCCUCAAACCGCGCCUCUUCACUUGGAUUUUUAUUAGCUGCGACGUCGGGUCCCUCGUCCUCCAGGCGGCCGGAGGUGGUGUCGCCGCCGCAGCCGGCAAGACGGACCAGACCCUCCUGCAGGUCGGAGACGACAUCAUCAUCGCUGGUAUCGCGUUUCAGGUGGCGACCAUGUCAGUGUGCGGGCUGAUCGCGCUGGAGUUUUUCAUUCGGGUCGUUCGGCAUGGGCCUGGCUUGGGCGGUGAUCUCAACGUGGAGGGGGUGAAGCAUAUACGUCUGGUUAUCUAUGCGGAGAUCUUCGCGUAUUUCACCGUGUUGAUUCGGUGUAUCUAUCGUAUCCCCGAGAUGGCCGGUGGAUGGGGUAAUCCCCUAAUGCAGAAGGAAGACGAGUUCUUGGUGUUGGAUGGAAUGAUGAUCGCGUUGGGAGUGGCCGCCCUUACCGUCGUGUAUCCUGCGUUUUUCCUGCCGUCUAUGCGGAAGGGACGGCAGACGGAGAAGGCAUAG